GCAACCUUUCAUAAUCCAAGGAUAUCUGCCUCUACCUACCGGCUCUCUAUGCACAUGGAAAAACAAUUAAAACAUCGGCCUCUCUGGAGUACGAGGGGCGAGUCUAGUUCUCCUAGGAGGGGUAAUCUGAUCAUCUUAGCUCUGUUUUUAUUGAAUACCGCGUGGCUGUUAAGAACAUGGCUAUUGAACUAUUCAGAAUCUAAGCCGAAUCUAGAACAAAUCCAGCAAUGCGCAAUUGACAACCUUCGCUCUGACCUAUCUUUUCUUGACACGGCAAAUCCCAUUACAGCCGAUGAGUUCUUAGAAAGGAGAGAUCGCCUGGCGCGUGCUUUAGUCGCGUCCGAGGUUGAUGCUUUUGUUCUUGAGCCAGGCUACACUUUUCAAUACUAUGGCAACACUUCACAGAACGACUGGGAACCAUGGGAGCCAGAAGAAAGGCCCUUCUUGAUGCUUAUCUUGCCCCUGAUUUCCGAGUCUGGUGCUAUUUCUGCCAGGACGGCAUUUCUUGCCCCGCAUUUCGAGGAAGGUCGGGUCAGAAUGCUCAACAUCCCAUCCCGCGAUCCCGAGUUAGAUAUCGUGAUUUGGGAAGAACACUGGGAUCCUUACACUACACUCCUAGAGUCGCAUCUUUUCGCCAAUGUUAAAGCUAAUGGGAAUAAGAGAAAACCGAAGCUUAUGAUAGACGAAGAGAUGCGAGAUUUCAUCGCUCGCGGUCUAGCAAAUACCGGCUUCGAAACCUUCGGAUUGAGUCCGGAAGCAGAAUUGAUAAGACAAAUCAAAAGCCCCACCGAAAUAGAAGUGCUGCGCGCAGUAAAUACCGGGACUGUUGCAGCGGUACGAGCGAUGCGCCCCUGUCUUGUUGCGGGGUUGACUGAGGAUGAAGUACGAGAUAUUCUUGAUGCAUCGUUGCUAUCUGUCGGAUUCGGUUUAUUCUUCAACAUUGUGCUUUUCGAGGAAGAUGGCGCCCUUCCCCAUGGCGGUUUCGUGGUUGGCAAGAAGAAACUAACUCAUGAAGCUAUGAUUGUGAUUGAUGUUGGCGCCCAUUAUUUGGGGUACUCUUCAGACAUAUGCAGAAGCUUCUUCAUAGACCCUGCGCCAGAAUACGGGAUGUCGUUAGCGUCCUUGAUGGAAUUGAUCGGCCUACAUAGCGGACCUUCCCCGGGGCCAGGCAAAGACACUGAACUAUAUGCUGAAAAGCUGAAAGUAUGGGGGGUCGUACUGGACGCUCAAACCGCUGCUGCGGCUGAAUUUAAAGCUAAUAACACUGCUGCGAAUGUUGAUCUCGCCGCUCGUAAAAUCAUCGACGAAGCUGGAUACGGCUACGCAUUCACGCACCGUCUUGGCCACAGUAUAGGGGUUAAAGCACACGAGUCUCCCUAUCUAAAUAAAUGGAAUACGAAAGUAUCUAUGCGACCCGGUAUGGUUUUCACCAACGAGCCUGGAAUAUAUCUAGAGGGCAAGUUUGGUGUUCGCCAUGAGGAUAUAUACCUUGUGAAAGAAGACGAUGAUGCUGAAUUGUUAACUGACCGCCGAGCUAUUAACCCUUAUAACCCCUGAGAAAUGCGGAAUCCCGAGGGAAAUUCUAUGCUUGGGCUUUGGUUGUUUAUAGCGAGGAAAGCCUGCAAAUAGCCAUCGCAACUAAAGUGGUAACGCCUACCAGAACUCUGGCGGGGUUUCUAUUGUACUGUAAAUUCGAUACAUGACUCCUAGAGUGACACCCAGGCGGCCAACCCGAUCGCUGUAAUUAUAGCGAGAUACGCGCUAGGGUUCAGUAUGAUUUUAGUCUUGGCAGGCACUUCCAUGUAUCCAUUCCGUCAACUAGGUCUUUAGUCUAUUGAAUGCACGUGCUUAGGUACGCAAAUCAAUACGCAGUACGAU